UCAUUUAUAAUUUUUCAGCAGCUAACAAAUUAGAAUUAAAAAACUAUACGUGGAAUUAUUUGUUGCUUAUCUUUUAUCUAUUCCACAUAAACAAAAAAAAAAACCAACCAACCAACUACAAUUAAACAAUAGAAACUAUUCAUCUCUAUCCGAAUGAGUAUAGAUAAGCAAUUAUAUAUUAUACCGGUAUCAUCCAUUUAUUACGACGAUAUCAUGGAUGAUUUUCAUCGCCAGCUUUUAGUUGGCGUGUAGAAGAAAUAAGAACAACACCAAAAACAAGAAAAAACUUAUAACAUCUUCCACAAAAGUGCGGAAGUUGUUAGUUGUUGUUCCCUUGAACUUUUUUUUUUUUUUAAAUUUUCCCACGACAUAAAAAAAAAGUUCCACACACUUUCGAAAUUUUCCUUCGAUUUUAUAGAGAAUUAAAAAAUGGCAUUUAACAAACGGUAGCUCGAUUUUUAAGAAUCUCACAAAAACAAUACAAAAAUUCCAAAUUUACAAAAUCUAAGACUUUCCUUUAAGAACAAAAAAUAGAGUUAAAAUCUAAAAGAACAAAAAGUCUCCAAAACAAAAAUGCGAUCUCGAAAAGUUCUAGCCGUAGCUGGCUUCAUUACAACAUGGACUUUCAUUACCUACUACUUCCUUCUCCGCCAAAAUCCAGAUUUCUCCUUUAAUCGACUUACUCUGAAAAAGAAGAUUGAUCUUCUUGAAAGCGGCGCCAAACAACAAUACGAAGCUAGUGAUAAGCUUUUUAAAAGUCUGAUUGGCGUUCUAAAGAGCAAACUUGAAGUUGACACUCAAAUGGGUGCAAAUGCACCCAUAGUUGCUCCGCAACUAGAAGAUUUCGCUGUCAAUAGUCCAAUUGGGUUAUUUGGCGUGAAGGAAAUUCCUUUGGAUCAAUCGGCGGAGAAGGUUUCUUCUGCUGCCGCGGCGGUGGCAGUUCGAACUGCCGAUGGGAAGCCAAUUAUUCCCGUCCUAGUCUUUGCAUGCAAUCGUGUGUCGAUUAGCAAUUGCUUGGAUAAUCUGAUACAUUUCCGGCCGAAUGUUGAACAAUUUCCAAUUAUUGUUUCUCAGGAUUGUGGUGAUGAGAUGACUAAGAAAGUUAUCCUCUCCUAUCAAGAUCAACUUACACUCAUUGAACAGCCAGACACGAGUGAUAUUUACGUCCCACCUAAGGAGAAGAAAUUCAAAGGCUAUUAUAAAAUUGCCCGCCAUUAUGGUUGGGCGUUAAAUACGACUUUUCAAAAAGGUUACGAUUAUGUGAUAAUCGUGGAAGAUGACCUCAAUGUUUCGCCAGAUUUUUAUGAGUACUUUUUUGGUACUUAUAUGCUUCUUAAGAAUGAUCCAAGUUUAUGGUGUAUAUCAGCAUGGAAUGAUAAUGGAAAAGUUGGACUGAUUGAUACCGAGAAACCAGAUUUACUGUAUAGAACAGAUUUCUUUCCUGGUUUAGGAUGGAUGUUGACAAAGGAGCUCUGGAGUGAACUUUCAGUUAAAUGGCCAAAAUCAUUUUGGGACGAUUGGAUCCGACAUCCAGAGCAAAGAAAAAACCGAGUCUGCAUUCGGCCUGAAAUAUCUCGAACGAGAACUUUUGGCAAAGUUGGUGUAUCCAAUGGACUCUUUUUCGACAAAUACUUGAAACAUAUAAAACUAAGUGAAGAUUUUGUUGAAUUUACUAAAAUGAACUUGACGUACCUUCAAAAGGACAACUAUGACAAAACAUUUAUUAAAAAUGUUUACGACUGUCCAAUGGUUACUUAUGAGGAAUUGCGUAGAAAUCUAAUAAGCCUUGAUGGGCCAGUUCGAAUACAAUAUAGUACCAAAGAGCAAUAUAAGAGAACAACAAAAUUGUUGGGUCUCAUGGAUGAUUUUAAGAGUGGAGUGCCACGUACCGCAUAUCACGGUAUAGUAUCAUUUUACUACAACAAAAGACGAGUCUAUCUCGCCCCGAAUCUCAAUUGGAAAGGUUAUGAUUUAUCAUGGAGCUAACAAUCUCCUUCUUAGUCCUAAGAGUGUUAAAUGAUUUUAUUUCAAAGUUUUUUUUUUCUCUCACAUUUUUGUUGAUUAAUUGUUUAAGUUUGUUUUUUUUUUCUCACUCUCUGUUUUGAAAGUUCACUGGUAUCCACAUUCAAAACAAAAAAAAUAUCAAAUUUUAAUAAUCUCACAUUUAUUAUUCGGAUUUAACGAUGACCAGUGCUGUCGAUUGUGAUGGUAUUGUUAUCCUAUUCCCACACAUAGAAAUGAUAGUUUUUUUUUUUGUAAUUAUUGUUUUAAAGAGAAAACAAGUCCUUCCUACCGAUUAUAACUGAAAUAGACAAUUUUUUUCUAUUGAAACAUAAAUAUUUUUAUUUUUUUUAA